UGGUGACAUCACUGUCCUUCGAACUGGCCUUUUAGCACAAGGGCCAGCCUCCAGCAUCUGCAGAUUCCAGACUCCCAGGCAGAGCGUCCUCCGUGAGCAGCAUCUUGGCUCUUUCCAUCAGUGACCAUGGCAAACAAGGGACCCUCCUAUGGGCUGAGCAGGGAUGUGCAGUCCAAGAUCGAGAAGAAGUAUGACGAUGAACUGGAAGAGCGCCUGGUGGAGUGGAUCGUGGCCCAGUGCGGGGCUGGCGUGGGACGCCCUGAACGUGGCAGGCUGGGGUUCCAGGUCUGGCUGAAGAAUGGCGUAGUGCUGAGCGAGCUGGUGAACAGCCUGUACCCAGAAGGCUCAAAGCCUGUGAAAAUCCCCAAACCUCCUCCCACCAUGGUCUUCAAACAGAUGGAGCAGGUGGCCCAGUUCCUGAAGGCAGCUGAGGACUAUGGUGUGGUGAAAACAGACAUCUUCCAGACAGUCGACCUGUUCGAAGGCAAGGACAUAGCAGCUGUGCAGAGAACAGUCAUGGCCUUGGGCAGCCUGGCGGUCACGAAGAACGAUGGACAUUACCGCGGGGACCCCUCCUGGUUUAUGAAGAAAUCCCAGGAGUACAAACGGGAUUUCACCGACAGCCAGCUAAAGGAAGGGAAGAAUGUGAUUGGCUUACAGAUGGGCAGCAACAAGGGGGCCUCGCAGGCUGGCAUGACAGGCUACGGGCGGCCCCGGCAGAUCAUCAGUUAGACAGCCACGGAGAAGAGAAAACAAACCCCAUCACAGGAACUGGGUCUUUAGCUCCCUCCUGACCAGAGCCCAACUGCAGCCAAUGUGAAUAGA